CGGGCGCCGGCCACACGGUAACUUUCCGCCCUUUUCCCGGACUCCGGCCCGUGGGCCGCGGAGGGGGCUGUCUCUCUCGGGAAGGACUCAGUUGGGGAUCGGAGCCCCGAGUUUGCUCACCUCCACCGUUUGAAUUGGGGGAGCACAGGAAGAGGUUCAGGACGAGCGGUGGGGGCAAGCCCGAAUACAGUUAUGGCUACCCAGGUGAUGGGGCAGUCUUCUGGAGGAGGAGGGCUGUUCACUGGCAGUGGCAACAUUGGCAUGGCCUUGCCCAACGACAUGUAUGACUUGCAUGACCUCUCCAAAGCUGAACUGGCUGCUCCUCAGCUUAUCAUGCUAGCAAACGUGGCCUUAACUGGGGAAGUGAAUGGCAGCUGCUGUGAUUACCUAGUUGGUGAAGAAAGACAGAGGGCAGAAUUGAUGCCUGUUGGGGAUAACAACUUUUCAGAUAGUGAUGGAGAAGGACUUGAGGAAUCUCCUGAAAUAAAAGGUGAACCUAAUGGACUCGAAAACAUGGAACUGAGAAGUUUGGAAGUCAAUGUUGUAGAACCACAGACUGUAUUUGAGGCAUCAGCUGCCCCAGAAAUUUACAGCUCAAAUAAAGAUCUUCCUAAUGAAACACCUGGAGCAGAGGACAAAUGCAAGAACUUGAAGACCAAACCCUUUCGCUGUAAGCCAUGCCAAUAUGAAGCAGAAUCUGAAGAACAAUUUGUGCAUCAUAUCAGAGUUCAUAGUGCCAAGAAGUUUUUUGUGGAAGAAAGUGCAGAGAAGCAAGCAAAAGCCAGAGAAUCUGGCUCUUCCACUGCUGAAGAGGGAGAUUUCUCUAAGGGCCCCAUUCGCUGUGACCGAUGUGGCUACAAUACCAAUAGAUAUGAUCACUAUACUGCGCACCUGAAACACCACACAAGAGCUGGAGAUAACGAGCGAGUCUACAAGUGCAUCAUUUGCACUUAUACAACAGUAAGCGAGUAUCACUGGAGGAAACACUUAAGAAACCAUUUUCCAAGGAAAGUAUACACAUGUGGUAAAUGCAACUAUUUUUCAGACAGAAAAAACAAUUAUGUUCAGCACGUUCGAACUCAUACAGGAGAACGCCCAUAUAAAUGUGAACUUUGUCCUUAUUCAAGUUCUCAGAAGACUCAUCUAACUAGACAUAUGCGUACUCAUUCAGGUGAGAAGCCAUUUAAAUGUGAUCAGUGCAGUUAUGUGGCCUCUAAUCAACAUGAAGUAACCCGCCAUGCAAGACAGGUUCACAAUGGGCCUAAACCUCUUAAUUGCCCCCACUGUGACUACAAAACAGCAGAUAGAAGCAACUUCAAAAAACAUGUGGAGCUACAUGUGAACCCACGGCAGUUUAAUUGCCCUGUAUGCGACUAUGCAGCUUCCAAAAAGUGUAAUCUACAGUAUCAUUUCAAAUCUAAGCAUCCUACUUGUCCUAAUAAAACAAUGGAUGUGUCAAAAGUGAAAUUAAAAAAAACCAAAAAGCGAGAGGCUGACUUACUUGAUAACAGUACUACCAAUGAAAAAACAGAAACAGAGCAAACGAAAAUAAAGGGGGAUGUAGCUGGAAAGAAAAAUGAGAGGUAUGUAAAAGUGGAGAAAAAAGAUAAUGUUUCAAAAGAGAAAAAACCUUGUAGCAAUGUUUCAAUGAUUCAGGUCACUACCAGAACUCCCAAGUCAGCAACAGAAGCUAAAGACCUGGAUGUGCAUACAAGAAAUAAUUCGGAAAAAUCCUGUAAAGCCAAGAAAAGCAAAAGGAAGAUGGAAACUGAAGCCCAUUCCAUGCAUGAUCCUGUGAAUGAUGAGGAAUCUAUGACAAAAAAGAAAAGGAAGAUAGAAGGUAAAUCCAAAAAUAGCCAGGAAGUACCAAAGGGUGAUAACAAAGUGGAGGAGAAUAAAAAACAAAAUACCUGCGUGAAGAAAAACACCAAGAAGAAAACCCUAAAAAAUAAACAAAGUAAAAAAAGCAGCAAGCCUUCUCAGAAAGACACCUCUCAGAAGGAACCUGUUCAAAAGGAGACUAGUCAGAAGGGGCCUGUUCAAGAUGUUCAGAAGGGGCCUCUGCAGGUAGAGUUGCCUCUACCCAUGGAACCUGUUCAAGUAGAGCCUGCUCACAUGGAGGUGGUUCAGAAGGGGCCUGUUCAAGUAGAGCCUGCUCACAUGGAGGUGUUUCAGAAGGGGCUUGUUCAAGUAGAGCCUGCUCAGGUGGAAGUGGUUCACCAGGAGUCUGCUCACAUGGAGCUGAUCCCUCCUAUGGAGACUGUCCACAUGGAGGAGGUUGUUCACAAGGGGCCUUCUCACGUGGAGUUGCCCCCUCCUGUGGAGUCUGCUCAUAUGGAAGAGGUUCAGAAAGGGCCUGCUGAGAUGGAGCUGCCCUCUCCUAUGGAAUCUCCUCUUACAGAGGAUGUUCAGAAGGGGCCUCUGCAGAUAGAGUUGCCUCUACCCAUGGAACCUGUUCAGAUGGGGCCUGUUAACAUGGAGUCUGUUCAGAUGGAAGUUGUUCAGAAGGAGACUGCUCAGAUGGAGCUGUCUCCUCCCAUAGAUCCUCCUCUUCACAAUGAGCCAAUUCCAAAAAAGACUUCUCCCCGAAAAGAUAACAGAAAGGAAAGGUCCAAUAUGCAGAGUGAAAUGACAAGUAAGGAGCAAGUCCUUAUUGAAGUAGGCUUAGUGCCUGUUAAAGAUAGCCAGAUUCUAAAGGAAAAUAAAAGCACGCAGGAACUUUUGGCAUCAUCAACACCACUGCCAAAGGAAGACUUAAGAGAGGAGGAGUCAGAAGACCAAAAAUUACUCUCAGAAGUUGAAGGAAACAAAGAAGAUCCUUUUCUGAAAGUAGGAACAGAAGAAGCAGAGAACAGUGUAGCCGAUUCCUGUACCAAGGAAUCUAGUACUAGUGUUUCAUCUUCUGGACAAAAGUUGAAUAUGCCAGGGGGUGAAACUUUAGCUGAUAAGCAUCAGACUGACUCAGCUAUGCUUUGUGAAGUGGAAAUGGACACUGAUCAUAACCCAGCAGAGAAUCUCCCUGAUAAAGACUCAGCAGUUGGAGAACCAGUUUCACCAUUGCUUCUUCCCCCACCAAUAGACGAACAUGAAGCAGUGUCCCAAACUGUGCUGGCUUCACCUCCUGUUACUAUGACAGUAAAUGAGUCUCAGGAAAUUGAUGAAGAUGAAGGUAUCCACAGUCAUGACGGAAGUGACCUAAGUGACAACAUGUCAGAGGGUAGUGAUGAUUCUGGAUUGCAUGGGGCUCGUCCAGUUCCACAAGAAGCUAGUACAAAAGAUGCAAAAGAAGCCUUGGCAGGCAAAGGGACUGGGGGAGAUUUUGUUUGCAUCUUCUGUGAUCGUUCUUUUAGGAAAGAAAAAGAUUACAGCAAACACCUCAAUCGCCAUUUGGUUAAUGUGUAUUUCCUUGAAAAAGCAGCUAAAGGGCAGGAGUAAUUAAAAGAUUGGGACAAGGUU